ACGCCGCCGCAUGGCAGAGGCCCUCCGUGAGAGAUGAACUACAGUUCCCUCGGAGCUACUCGGAGGUGUUAGUUGUCAAUAUGGCUGUUGUCAGACAGACAAAGCGGAGAGGCACAUAAUUCGCUUCUGAUUAUAAAUCCUUGGAAAGGGGUCGGACGGGGCACCGUAAUCACACCGCGUAUUGCUCGACUGCAGUAAAAGACGCGCGGGUCUUUGCUCAAGUUGUCAAAGUUAAAUGGUUCAGUGGACGAUUUGAACCGAGCAGCAGGAUGUCUGAGUUCAGCGAGGAGCCGCGCUUCACCAUCGAGCAGAUAGAUCUGCUGCAGCGGCUGCGUCGCAGCGGCAUGAGCAAGCAGGAGAUCCUCCACGCGCUCGACACUCUGGACCGGCUGGACCGGGAGCACGGCGACAAGUUUGGCCGCCGCACCUCUUCUUCCUCCUCUUCCUCGUCCUGCUACGGAGUAGGCGGGGCAAACGGCUGCACCAACAACUCUGCCUCGAAUGCCAACAAUAGCAACACUGCCUCAGCAAACACCACCGCCGCCACUACCACCACCUCUUCCUCCUCUGUGACGUGCAAUGGAGGCGAGGGCGUCGCCGUUGACCAAUCGGCGGCGGCUGCCUCCUCCACCACCACAACCAAAAUCUCCACCGCCACACAGACGCAGUUUGUCAGCAGAGGCGGGCUCUCGCCGUCCCAUAGUAACAGCUAUGACACCUCCCCGCCUCCAGGCCCUCCGCCGCCGUCCGCCAUCCUGCCCUCGCCGGUCUCACUGGUUGCUCUGUCGCAGAAUGGCCGGGACAGCCUGGCCGCCACGCCCAACGGGAAGCUGUCUCCGCCCAGAUACCCGGUGAACAGCGCGGCGGCAGCACGAGCAUUUGGGUUUGAGGCUACAGAGGAGGACCUGGACAUUGACGACAAGGUGGAGGAGCUGAUGAGGAGGGACAGCAGCUUGGUGAAAGAGGAGAUCAAGGCGUUCCUGGGGAACAGGAGGAUCUCUCAGGCCGUGGUGGCACAAGUUACUGGCAUCAGCCAGAGCAGGAUCUCCCAUUGGCUGCUGCAGCACGGCUCCGACCUGAGCGAGCAGAAGAAGAGGGCCUUCUACCGCUGGUACACGCUGGAGAAGACCACACCAGGUGCCACGCUGAACAUGCGGCCAGCCCCAUUGCCUCUAGAGGAAAUGGAGUGGAGGCAAACCCCGCCCCCCAUCACCACUGCCCCCGGGACCUUUCGGCUGCGUCGUGGAAGUCGCUUCACUUGGAGAAAAGAGUGCCUGGCAGUGAUGGAGAGCUACUUCAACGACAACCAGUACCCAGAUGAGGCCAAACGGGAGGAGAUAGCAAACGCCUGCAAUGCUGUCAUUCAGAAGCCAGGGAAGAAGCUGUCUGAUCUGGAGAGGGUAACCUCCCUGAAAGUUUACAACUGGUUCGCCAACCGUCGCAAAGAGAUCAAGAGACGUGCCAACAUUGAAGCCACAAUCCUGGAGAGUCAUGGGAUAGACGUCCAGAGUCCAGGGGGACACUCCAACAGCGACGACAUCGAUGGGAACGACUUCUCAGAGCAGGCAUGUGACCUGCCCUAUUUUGACAAGAGACCUCUCAGCCGACCUUUUGGCCUUUACCGACUGGAGCCCACCUCGCCAACACAGGAUGACAGCGCGGCGCACAGCGAGCACCAGGACCCCAUCUCUCUGGCAGUGGAGAUGGCUGCCGUCAACCACACCAUCCUGGCCCUGUCCCGAACCGGAGGGAUCCCCAACGACAUCAAGACCGAGUCCCUGGAGGACGAAUGACCUGCGUGGGGGAAACGGGAUUGGAGGGAGGGGAAGUGAGAAACGGCAGUCGACAGGAGGGAGAAACAAAACGAGACUGAAAUAAUGCUACUUAGCAAACCUUGUGAAUCUGUCCCUCAGCCAUCCCCUCCCCGCUGUUCCUUCUUUCUCGGCUUCCCCCCUCCACUCCUCUCUCCCCCAGCAAAGUCCACGUAAACAGUAACUCCCCCCUCCCCCGCCCCCAUAUACAGACAGAGCUGGCGGCUACCACCACACGUCCUCUGAUUUCCUUGAAAACGUUCCUCGGAAAGAAAAGGGGGCAGUCCAGACCUUUUCCUUCCCACCCCACCUAAAGAAAUGGUGUCCCUCAUCUGGGAUUUGUUUCUCUCUGAACUCCCCUCUUCCCCCCUGGAACACCCUCUUCACAGGACUCUUCUCUUCCCUCUCGACGUCCAGCCUAGUUGUCUGAGCCGACCCUCAGUCUAUCUCACCUCAGCGUCAACCUCAGAAUAAUAACGUGUA